AAAUAAACCCGAUUGGUAGAGUAUUGCCGUGUUCGAGGACACUACUUGUCGUCGGGAAUUUGCAUGGUUGGGCAAGCUAUGCGUCUUUGUAGACGAACCAGACGGAAAGUAAUACAAAUACCCAUCGUCUUAGGAUAACAUCUAGAGAGAUUUGCUUUCAGAUGAAUGACACACUGGCCAUCGGGCAUCUCUUAGGAGUAGUCGCUUUGCUGAAGGACGAGCAGCACUCUGACUGCGAUAUUUCCUCCCGUUUGUGAGCGUGUAUCCGACUUGUUCGGACCAGGCCGGCCAGAUGGAAGCAACGACACCAGAUAUACCCUUGAGUCGGGUUAUUCCACCCCUUAUUUUAGGUGGUGCCGGCUUCAGCUAUCAGCUCACUUCCAACCCGAAUCCGACCCAGACGAGAGAAGUGAUCAGCCGGGCCUUUGAAUUGGGACUGCGCGCCAUUGACACAUCUGCCUAUUACGAACCCUCAGAACAACUGUUAGGCGAGGCUUUAUCACAUCCGGAAAUCACAUCCCGUUAUCAACGUGAAGACUACUUCUUGAUGUCGAAAGUUGGGCGAAUCAGUGCAUCGCAGUUCGACUACUCGCCCCAGUGGAUUCGAUACUCAAUCUCUCGCUCGCUACAGCGGCUGCGAACAGGCUAUCUCGACGUAGUCUUCUGCCACGAUAUUGAGUUUGUUCCAGAGGAGCAAGUGGUUGAGGUUAUCGGUGUGCUACUAGAGAUGGUUGCCACCGGGGCGGUGCGAUAUAUUGGAGUAUCGGGUUAUCGGAUCGAUGUUUUGAGCAAAGUGGCGCGUCGGGUGCGAGAAACAUACGGUCGAUCACUAGAUGUGGUACAAACCUGGGCACAGAUGACGUUACAGAAUGAUCGACUCGAGCGCGAAGGAUUGCAGGCCUUUAAGGAAGCAGGUGUCGGGUCUGUGUGCAGCUCCAGUCCGCUUGCGAUCGGACUUUUACGUGACGGAGGCGUUCCAAUCGGUACCCUAGGAGACUUUCACCCUGCACCGCCAGGAUUGCGCAAAGCUGCGCAGGACGCAGCGUUAUAUGUGGCAUCGCAGGGAGAUUCACUCGCAUCGCUUGCGUUACGACACGCUCUGCGUCGGGCACAGUGCGUCUCGACCCCCGGAUUCCGGGUGAGCACGAUCAUGGGGGGUACAUCGGUCGCGGAAAUUGAGAAUAACAUUGCAACAUCGCUGCAGGUUCUGCGCAUAGAACGGGGGGCGUGGCAAUGGAAUCCGGAUGGAGAGACCGCGCUGGGGGAUGCCGCAACUUCUGCGGAACUGGACAAAGGACUCUGCACAGAGGUACAGCAGAUCUUAGGCGAGUGGAUGAAUUACAGCUUUAGUGUUCCAGGCGAUAAUUGGGACGUACAGACUGGAAGGCCGAUGAUUCAGACGAAGCUCUGAGAUGGCGAAGACUUGGAUCUAUACUUUACUGUAAUGCUGAUUUAGAGCAGAGAAAUACCCAAGUUUGCCAGCGAUCGCGAUCCCGGGUUACAUUAAUCUAAAGCCGGAAGAAGUACGGUGUCAUCGACCAGAGAAAUAAAUUAAAUGAAGUGCUACAGGACGCCCAAUACGAGCAACUCCGCCCAUCUU